UUGUUUAGUGUUUACGAAUUACGUUUAUUUUAUUAUAAUUUACAUGUUUUUAGUACAAAAAUAUCACAUGAUUUAAUAUUGUAUAUCUAGGGAAAUUGAUGCAGCCAUUUGAUGUAAAUCUAGUUUCAUAAGUUUCUCCAAAAAUGAACAGACAAAUUAAAACUGUAAAACUUAUUGAGGCAGUGAAAGCUCGGGAGUGUUUAUGGAAAAAAAACUACGUUAAAAACUACGAGAAUUUAAUUUAUAUACAACAAUGUUGGGAUGAGGUAGCUGAAAUAGUAGGUGAAUCCAGUGUAACUUGUCGUAAUAAAUGGAAGCAUCUGAGAGCAAACUGUGGAAAGCUAAUAAAAAGAAAUCAAAACACUACGAAGAAAAAAAAGGAUACAUAUCGCUGCUGUAAUUUUGAUAGGCUCAGUUUUAUACAUGAUCAAUUUUAUAAAGUUAAAACAGAACCUGGUGAACCAUCUAAGAGACGUUCAUGGUGUAAAAUUGCUGAUACUGACAAAUUAAUUGAGUUGGUUGAGGCGCAUGAGAUUCUAUGGAACAGACAGAGUGAGGACUUUAAUUGUAAAAUUAGCCGAGAUGCGGCUUGGAAAGUGAUUUCUGAUGAACUUGAUGCUUCAGUACAUGAUGUCCGUGUAGCGUGGAAGAGCAUUCGAGACCAAGUGAGAAGAAAAAUACGGCAAGGGGACACUAGCGGUACAUAUGUAAAAAGAUUGAAUUUCCUGUUCAAAGACAAUCCUGGUUUGAAUAAAAUGAAUCUUUAUUGUCCUGAAGACUUUAAAUUAGAAAAACAAAAGCCUCUAAUUCAUAUAGUGAAACUUAUUGAGUUAGUUCAGCAAAAUAAAAUAAUUUGGAAAAAAAAUGCAAAAGAUGAUCGACACUACAAGGAAAAGCUUGUGGAGUCAUGGAAGCACAUUGCCAAUGAAAUGGGAAACAGAUAUAAUGAUCUACAAAACAGGUGGAGAUAUCUGAAAGACAAAGCAAAAAAGGAGGCGAAAAAGAUGGCUUCCAAAUGGUGUUACCUGCCUAAGAUGCAAUUUUAUUUAGAAGAACAAGAUCAUGAUGAUGAUGACGAUGAUCAUACAGGACCCGUGGAAUAUGCUGUACCAAUAUGUUUUUAAGCAUAUAGACUUAUCUUUGUGGGUUUAAGGUCUUUUGAAAGGACUGUUCUCAUAGUUAUACAUAUGAUCAUGUACACUGAUAAUGUCUUGAUUAAUUUAUUUGUUGUCGUUAGGCAGGCUAAGCUGCUCUUAGGUGGACACAAUUGCAGGCGGGCAAAGUGUUGUAUAAAAUUAACCAGGAGUCAUUUACAAACCCUCACUACAAACUUAAAGGUCACUUGGAAUAAAUUAUCCUCAGUGAAUCCGAAUUAUGUAGAUUUUGCCAAGAGGCCUAGAUCCUAAACACAUCAAAUGAUGCCUCAAAGUCCUCAACCUACCUCACUUGUGUCCACUGAGGAUACUGCACUUCUUAAAGAUCAUAGGCUUGGAGGAUGUUAUUUAGAUACAAUUAGAACUCCGAUUAUGCACGGAAUAAUUUCUCUAAACAUUGCCCAAGUAUGUCAUCAUAAUGAGCAUACCCAUCGCUAGGGUGUAUGUCCGUGCACAUGUAGGGGGCAGAAUAGAUGUUCAUUUCCCGAAUAGUAAUAAUAAUUAGUUGUCAUUACACUCUGGCCUGUUAUCGACCUUUUAGAGGUGCUGGCACAUCUUUUUGUUCCUGUAUGUCUUGUAUAGUGGUACGUGUAAUCCAGCAUUUUUUUAAAUUAUGACGAGACAAUGGUCAGUCAUGGGUCUAUGAGCAGAUGUGUUCUGAGAUUAAUGGCGAUCAAUAAAUUCCUCUAAUAUUCUCUACCUUUAAUCGUAGCUGUCCAGUAUAUUAUGCUGUAGAUUCAGCCUGCUAAUUGUCUGUGGAAUCGUCAAUUGCAAUUCCAAAUGUUGUGAUUUUUAUUGAUUGUAAAUUACGCUAAGUUGUCUCUUUAAUCAAUUCGACACGUGUUUCGCGUCUAAACGAGACAUCUUCAGGAGAUGUUGACUCGCAGAAUUUUGGUACAAGACUCAAAAUUGAUUAAAGACAAAAUUUAGGGGAUAACACUCAAUAAAAUUUACAACAAUUGAACAUAAUAAAUACAGUCAGAUAUAAUUAAUACAUAAAUAUAAUAAAAUAACGCUUUAUUCAAUAAAUUACACAAUAGUUUAUUAAGAUGCUUCAUCAGUUUCAGUAAUUUAAAAAGCAUUUGAAAUCUGUUUUUGGAUGUAGUUUUCACGUCUCAGUAUUAUAUUAAAAAACUUCUCGGCCUUCUGGCCAAGAUAAGCGUGUAGUAGCUAAUUCCAACUGUAUUUGGAGAGUCGAUGUAAUAGUUUAGUUCGUGCAAUUUUGUGCCACUUUACACUGUAACCUGAGCAUUCGUGGGAGUCCUACAUGAAAGGAAGUAUUUAAUGAAGACACAACUUCUGGAAAACAAAACCAUGGAGGGUACAUAACGCUGAGGAUGAUGUAAAAAUUUGUGGCAAUUACCAUAUUUCUGUAAUAUAUUGUACAAGUAGUUAUUAAACUUACAUAGUAUAAAAGUCUAACCCCUUUAUUCAUAAUGGUCUGCUAACUUAAAACAGCCGCUAAGGAGUGUUUUUUCUCAUUCUGAUUUAGGUCAAUAGAAGAAGACAGAGUGAGAAUUAGCAAUGCUUUAAGUUAGCAGACAUGAAUAAAGGGGUAAGUUACUUCCCACUGUCGUCUGUAUAUUACUCUUACCUACUCUUACGCUAAACUUACUCCUUAACCAUUCAACAGAUUUUGAUGCGGUUUAUGCCAUCGGUUAGAUAUUUUUUUAGAAAAACUUUGCAUUCCGACAAACAUUAAACAUGUGAAGAUCAAUCAAAGAGAACAUUCAGUAAAAUGAAUUUAUACCAACAGAUGUCUCUGUCUUCGCAGGCGACAUCCUACAAUACAUAAGUCGUCUUCUUUUUCUAUCUCCGUUAGAUAUGUUCUUCUCUCUCGCUCACUUUUUUUUAUGUGGCUGACAACUUAAGAAUUGCUUUUAAAAAAAUCAUAUAAUGGGUUGUAAUAUAUUUCCAAUUUUAGGUUAUUUAUACGCCUAGAUAGAGCCGCUGUUAGGCAGGUUAAUUACUUUAGUAUGACAGCUGCGUCUUACACUCACGAUUUGAUACGCACAUUGUUUUAGUGUGCGUGCGUUGCUGAUAAUAGAGGUUAACAGUUCGUCGUUAAUUUUUUCGAAAUGUUCACAGCUGUCACCGUCUAUCUAUAAUAGUAUAAAUUAUCUAUGUUUCCAAUAUACAUAUAUUAGUAAGUUGUCUAAUUCCUCUUGUAAGAGUCUUUGGGUGUAAAGCUCUGGUUCAUGUAUGUUUAGUAAUUGUAGUUCACAACCCAAAAAUUACUCUUUUAAAACCCAUGUUAGUAUACAAUAAGUAGCUAUAUCUAGAGUGAAAAAAAAAACAAUUCACAACUUAGAUAACAAUUAAAAUAUUAAGCUGUAUAAGAGAUAAAUGAAAAUAUUAAUAAUAUACCUAAGAGAGUUAUUUUAAUAUAUAAAUAAAUGUAUAUAAUAUAAUGAUUAUUAUUAAUCUGGUGUUUACUGUGUUUGACCAAAUUGUGAUGUAACUUCUUUUGAAUUGGUCAAUGAUAUUUGAGUUUGUAAACCAAUAAUGUAGGCUUACUUUAUAUUCAUCCCAUGUUUACUAGGGUCUACCAAUAGUAAUUUAGCUUGUUUUGAAUUUGUCUGUGAAUUUUGUGUUUUUGAACACCAUUAAUGUCAUAAUUAUUUUAUAUUCACGUCAUGUUUACUGGGGGUAGACCAAUAAUGAUUAAAAAUUUUCUAAUUAAGUUAAAUUUGUAACUAAAAUUUAUGAACGGCGUGGUACUCGAACCAACGACCUCUCGGGUCCCGUCCGAGCGCUCUUGACCAUAUGUGAUAUAAUUUGGUCUAAGGAAAUAAUUGGUCAAUGUUUAUUUAGAAAACUAAAACCUGUAUUAAAAGUGUAUGUUAUAUACAACCUUGUGUUUGUUGUUGACAAACAACAACUCUACUUGUGUGAGAAUAUGGAAUCUAAAACACAUGACUCCAUUUAUUUUACUGGAUGUUUUCUGUGUUCAAUCAAUAAUAAUUGUAAAUCAAAUGCUAGUAAUUCAAAAAAGUAGUAAUUCUUAAUACAAUUUGAGUGUGAAAACAAUAUUAUGUUUUCCAUUUAUUUAUAUGGUGUUUUCUGUGGUCACCGAAACUGGAGGGUUCUUUUAAACAAUUUUUAUGCAUGUCGACCUAUUAUAGUUGUAAAUCUAAACUUUAUUUCCAAUCGGUGAAAGUAUUAUUAGCAGGUAACUAUGCAAGUAAUUAUUGAACGUUUAAUUUUCCUGGUUUUUACUAUGAUUAUAAUAGUUAUUUAUGCAACUGUUGUGUAAUAAGGGGUAUUAAAACACGAAUGUGGAUUUAUGUGAUAAUAGUAUCACAUGAGUGUUUUAAUACCUAAUUAUCAACAGUUGCAAACAAGACUUUAUCUACACCCAGAAUAUGAAUCCUCUAAAAGAUUCUGAAACAGUUAGCUAACUGCUAACAUUAAAACACCAGUCCUAGUAGUAACCUAAUAUCAUCCAUUACUGAUUAUAUACAAAUAAACUAAGUAUUAAUGAAACAAUUAUUUAUUUUAGUAGUAAUUACAUUUUGUAUAGUUCGAUAAUUAAAAUUCACUCUUUUUGUAAACAAAACAAUAAAAAUAUCGAAGAAUAAUGGCGGGGAUUCGAAUAACCUACUUUUUUUUACGGCGCGCGACGUUCUGGUAGUGUGGAACGCGCGUAAACUAAAAUGUUCUUUUUUUGAAAUUCAUACAGAUACCUCGCAUCGAACAAUAAGAAUGUGGCUGCUGUUGAAACUCUGCGCAUGAAGGGAUCGAUAAAAAAAAACAUAGGAGUGUUAUGAAAUUCAGUAUAACAUUACAACACUCGUUUGGAUGAUGUAAUGGUUAUUAGAAUAUUGGGUGUUUUAAUGUUGGCAAUAAGCUAACUGUUUCAGAAUCUUUAAUAGAGGCUUUAAAGCAUGGGUGUAAAUAAAUUAUUUAAAUCAACUUUUUAUUAAGAUUGUUUUUCUAUUUUAGGUAAAUAAAUAGUUUCAAACACAAGA